AUGAGUAAAAAAUCGCCCCGGAAUUCUCCAAGGAACCAAGAAUUUAAAAGAAAUUUGUAUAACACUCUACCAUCUAUACCAGUAGCGUUACCAGAACAUCAGGUUCCGCGGCAGGCAGAGCCCUCAACAUCCAAACUAGUAGUACCAGAGCGUGAGGUACAGGUUCAGGUGCCAGAAAAAAAGUGUGACAUACCAAAAAAGUCACACUUUUGUGUAUCAUCGGGAAAGAUUACAUUGGAAUCAUUGGCACUGGGCCUUUGCCACUUAUCAAAGACUGUACAUAAUUUUCAAAAUAAAUUAAAAGAUAUUCGUAUGGAGAUCGCAAGUAAAAUGCCUGCAAACGACCCAGCUCUAAAUGUUGAGGAUCCUGGAGAAGAUAUCGAGGAGCCGAUAUUUAGUUUGCCGCUGAAAACCAUAGAUGAGCUUCAGGCGUUUGAGGAAAAGUUGAAAGAAAAAGAAUUUUCUACAACAAUUGCAAAAGUUUUGGUACAGAAGAUUGAGAAAACAAAUAUUUCUAAAAGUGCUAGAAGUGCUUUAAAGCAAUUGUUGGAUCAUUCACUAUAUCAAAAAUUUAGUUGGAAAGGCCAACAGAGAAAGGAUCAGGCUGAACCGAAGGAAUGUUUCUCCAAGCUGCGCACGUGCGAAUUAAUUUACA